CAGCAGAACAAAACACUGACAUCGACGUCGACACUGGGCAAGGCCUAGGCGAUGGAAUGCCAUUAAUAAAUAUGGCUAACAGGCCACAUCGAGUUCAUCAGUUUGUUGCCGAGUGAGAAUCCCCAUUAAUCAUCAUGUCAUCUAGUAACAAGGUGACAGGUGAAAGGUCACCAGGUUCCUCCCCGGCAUCCCCGACCACCUGUCACCUGCAUCAACCACAGGAAGACCAGCUUACCAAUGUGAAAUCCCCACCCCCCGCUGUGCCCAGUGAGCCCCUGAGGGGUGGGGCUGGCGCAGAUGCAGAUGGUGGUCCGUCCACCUCCACGUCAAUGUCGGACAGACUCUUGCAGCGCCUGGAGCUCCUGGCCGAGAAUGUGCCCCCGGCCCGUGACGCGCCCCUAUCCCCGGCCCGGGCCAGCCUGAGCGUAGAAAAAUCCCUGCAUAUGUACUACUCCAUGAAGCGGACCGAGACCUUCAGCACCUUGUACGACUUCGACUGCAGCUCCUCCACCACCUCCAGCUCCUCGGAAAAGCUUCUCCAACGCCUCGAGGAACUCUCGGAGAACAUCCCCCCGGGAUUCUUAGCCUCACCGGACCGCUCUCCGCUGAUUGGCAAGUCCCUGCCUUUACUGAAGAGGACCGACGACUCCUGCGCGACCUACGACUUUGACGGUAGCUCGUCUGCAUCCUCAACUACCUCGGAGAACGUCUCCAAACGUCUUGAGCAGCUCAGCGAGUACGUGAGGCCAAGACUCUCCCCGGGACGCUCGGUUUGUCCCGGAAUGGCAGCUGGUGGUUCCAGGGUGCGAAAGCGUAGCGCGCCUACACCCCUGAAACCGUUGAAUCGGCUGGCCCCACCGAAAUUAAAGCGCCGUGGUGUGGGUGGCUCUCGGUGGGAGACCUCCUCUGGAGACAAGAUUAAUCAGGUGUCGACCUCUUCUGGAGUGGUUUACGUCUAUAGUGAGCCACUUAUCAAAUUGUGCGAUACAUUGCUGAAAGUUCCAAAGAGAGCAGGAAUGGUCCACAGUCUACUGGAAGCGUACGGCCUCCUGCAGAACAUGACGGUCCUGCCUCCCCAUCUCACCACCAAGGAAGACCUGACCGUGUUCCACUCCCAGGACUUUGUGGACUGCCUAGAGCGGCUGAACCAGGAGGACGACAGUGAGAAAAACGAGGAACUCAAGCUGCAGUUCGGGCUGGGGUACGACUGUCCAACCAUCCCUCAUGUCUUUGACUUCGUCUGCUUGGCGGCUGGUGCCACAUUGAGGGCAGCGCAGGCAUUGGUGCACGGGGAAAGCAGAGUCGCUAUCAAUUGGUGCGGAGGCUGGCAUCAUGCCAAGAGAGAUGAAGCCUCCGGUUUCUGCUACGUCAAUGAUGUCGUUCUCGGCAUCCUGAAACUCAGGGAGAAGUUUGACCGUGUUCUGUAUUUGGACCUGGAUUUACACCACGGGGAUGGGGUCGAGGAUGCCUUUUGCUACACUCCUAAGGUCCUGACCUGCUCCUUCCACAAGUACUGCCCGGGUUUCUUUCCAGGCACCGGGUCGUUGGACGAUGUUGGCAUCGGCAAAGGCAAGUUCUACUCAGUGAAUGUCCCACUCAAGGAUGGAAUCCAAGACAACCAGUACUUCAGCAUCUUCUGCAGGGUGGUGGAUCAGAUCAAGCAGUGCUACCGCCCCAGCGCCGUGGUGGUCCAGUGUGGGGCCGACACACUUGCUGACGACCCCAUGCAGUCCUUCAACCUGACACCUGCCGGGCUGGCCCGCUGCCUGCACCACGUCACCACAGCCUGGCAGCUGCCUGCACUGCUGCUGGGCGGCGGCGGGUACAGGCUGGCCAACACGGCCAGGUGCUGGGCCAAUCUGACGUCAACAGUGCUGGGGUGUCGCCUGCCUGCGGAGAUACCCGAACAUGAGCAUUUUCUGGAGUACGGACCAGACUAUCAGCUGGAUAUAUCCCCAACGCACAGGCCCAACCUCAACUCCGACGAGUACAUUGAAAAGAUCAUAGCCUCCAUAACAGAUAAUCUGGAGAAGAUUUCUGAUGGGUAACACGGAACUCGCCUCCGGAGGGGAGAACCAACUCUUUGAUAGCCCUCAAUUCUUUCCAAGUCCUAUUGCAUUACAUCGGUUGGUAUGAAAAUGUUGGCACCAAGAGACCUUUUUAAGGUCAUUUAUUUCAAGCUUUUUUAUGAAUUUCGCAUUUUAUGUGAUUUGAGGCUUCUGAAUAGGGGGCAGGGUAGAGAAAUUGACAAAGCCAUCCCUAUAACUUUGAUGAACGGAAUCUUGUACGCAUUCAGCCCUCCCUCUAGCAUGCCUGGUGUCGAGUGUCCUUGCAGCACAGGUACACGACAAGGCCCAGCUCGAUACAACUAGCCAACAGCUGUUUCAUUAUAUAUUCAUAGCAGAUAUACCCAUGGCCUUAUCAAGUUUGUUCGGUUGCUUCCAAAGUUGCUAGGGAAAAAAAAAACCCACAGCCGUCGGCAUCCCAGACCAAAAGAUGCCGAGUAUGCAUGUGUCACAUGUUCAACAAUAGAGGGGGAAUCGAGUAAAUGAGUAGCAGUGAGCGAGACAAGUGCACUCAGUGUUCAUUUUCUGAGUUUCCAAUGUUGACAGUAUGUACAAGGAAUAUAUAGGGCAGACUAUACAGUGCACGAGGCAGUGUUGUUAUUGAAACCAUGCACAAGGCCAUGCACAAGACCAUGCACAAGGCCAUGCAAAAGGCCAUGCACAAGACCAUGCAUUGAGAUCAGUAACAGAGUGAAUGACAAAGGAAUGCUUUUGUUGCAUUUUACUUGAAUAGCUUGAGACUUGAAUUCAUACUGGGGGUCUUGUGAUAGUCUUGUGUUGGUCUAGUGGUAGUCUUGUGUCUGGUUUUGUGUUGGUCUUGUGAUGGUCUUGGUGAUGGUCUGAAGAGGUCUGAGCUACAACACUGGUACAAUGUAUGAGGUAUUCAUACAAGCGUAGACCCCAGACAGCAAUAUCCUUAGAAGUCUGAAGAUCACACAUUUCAUGUACAAUGACCAAUAUUGGUCCUAGUUUCAAUAUAUUUGGAGGCAAUUUAACCAUCUACGGCACAUUUCUAAAAAUACAGUAUUCACAGGCAUGCUAUCCACUUACUGUUCUUAAACCAAAUUAUAAUUUAAACCUAUUCAGGUUUUUAGAAUAAUGUAGUUUUAUUUUAAGCUUUGUAAUUGCAUAAAUCUACGUUAACCCUUGUAAUUUUGAGUAAUUUGUUCCAAGUUUAAUUAAUUCUGUGUUUGCAGAAGCCAAGUGUCUAGCUUGAAUACUUUGAAAACUUGGUAUCAGCUUUCGGUUGGAUCUUGUCAUUGGUGGAUGUGGCUGUUUCUUGGGGGACGGGGGUCCAAUGGUAGUUGAAGCCGUCAAAUAGUCAGGUUGUACUGGUAUGACCAACUUCAAUCCAACCAUAUACAUACCUGCUACUGGGGACAAGACCAAGAUGGCAGAUUCCAUGCAUGAAUUCCAUGAAACUCAUCAGAUGACCAGAAAUUUAGUUCAAAAAUACCUUUUCGCAUCAUGCACGGGCAUUUCAAAUCCAUUUAUGCAAUUUAUCUUUCCGGCACUUUUUAAGAAUAUUAAAAGUCAUCGCAAUGUCAAACACAUCCAGCAAAGAAAAAGACGAGAUGAAAAGUAACGCAAGUUUUUUACAAGACAUUUUAUUCCAAAUACUUUCGGAUACUUUGUUCACGUUCUGUUGUAACUUUGAAAUAAAAACGCACAAGAUAACACUGUUCCCAAAAUA